AACCUCGCUCUCAGCCAUUUUGUCAAAAACUUGUCGAAGGCAAGGCACGGCCUUUGUGAAAAUUCCACAAAUAAACACGCCGUCUUGGAAAUUUCCACGCGAAAACAGUGCAAAUCGAAUCGUAUGUGCAUAGAGUGUGAAUUUAAUUGAAGUUUAACAUGUCGCGGUACAUACAAAGGCCGGAAAACGCUCUGAAACGGGCCAAUGAGUUCAUCGAUGUCGGGAAGCCGGCGCGAGCGUUGGACACGCUGCAGGAUGUCUUCCGCAACAAGAAAUGGACGUACACGUUCUCGGAAUCGGUGAUUGAGCCGAUCAUGUUCAAGUAUCUGUACCUCUGCGUGGAGUUGAAGAAGUCGCACAUAGCCAAGGAGGGUUUGUUCCAGUACAGGAACAUGUUUCAGUUGGUUAAUGUCGGGUCUCUGGAGAAUGUGAUCCGCGGCUACCUCCGUAUGGCUGAGGAGAGGGCAGAGGCGGCCCAGCAGCAAUCGUCCCAGGCCGUACUGGAUGUGGACGAUUUGGAUAACAUCGCGACCCCCGAGAGUAUCCUCAUGAGUGCCGUCUGCGGUGAGGAUGCGCAGGAUCGCUCCGACCGGACAAUCCUCUUGCCUUGGGUCAAGUUCCUCUGGGAGUCGUACUGCCAAUGUUUGGAGUUGCUGAGGGUGAACACUCACUGCGAAACCCUCUAUCACGACAUCGCUCGCAUGGCCUUCCAGUUCUGCUUGAAGUACGGCCGCAAGAGCGAGUUCCGCCGACUGUGCGACAAGCUCCGCAAGCACUUGGAGGAUAUCUGCAAGGGCACGACCACCACCACCGGCGUGAGCAUCACCAAGCUCGAGACACAGCAGCUGAACCUGGACACCAGGCUCCACCAGCUGGACAGCGCCAUUCAGAUGGAACUUUGGCAGGAGGCCUACAAGGCCAUUGAGGACAUUCACGGGUUGAUGUCGCUCUCGAAGAAGACGCCAGUCGCCAAAACCAUGGCCAACUACUACCAGAAGCUCGCCAUGGUCUUCUGGAAGGCCGGAAACCAGCUCUUCCACGCCGCCGCCUUGUUGAAGCUCUUCCAGCUGACGCGGGAAAUGAAGAAGAACAUUACCCAGGAGGAGAUGCAGCGCAUGGCCUCGCACGUCCUGAUUGCCACCCUCUCCAUUCCACUCCCCUCGGCUCAUCCUGAGUUCGACCGCUUCAUCGAGACGGACAAGAGCCCGCUGGAAAAGGCGCAGAAGUUGGCGGUGCUGCUGGGGCUCAACCAGCCUCCGACGAGGGUGUCCCUCCUGAAGGACGUGGUGCGCCUAAACGUAGUGAAUCUUGCCGCCGAGCAGUUCACCAAUCUGUACACUUGGCUCGAGGUCGACUUUGAUCCAUUGAACCUCUGCAAGCGCGUGCAGACCGUCAUCGACUUUAUCUCCGCCGACGAGAACAGUCUCCUCAACCAAUACACGCAGUCGCUGCAGGACGUUACCCUGAUGCGUCUGAUCCGUCAGGUAUCGCAGGUCUACCAGUCCAUCGAGUUCACUCGGCUCUUGGAGCUGGCCCAAUUCACCGAUGCCUUCUACUUGGAGCGCAUCCUCGUCGACUGUGUCCGCCACAACGACAUGCAAAUCACAAUCGACCACAAGAGACGAUGCAUCCACUUUGGCACGGACUUGACUGAAAGCCAACGGGAAGACCAUCCCGACGGCCCCCAACUGCAAUCCAUGCCCUCCGAGCAAGUACGCUCGCAGCUCGUCAACAUGGCCGUCGUCUUGCACCGCGCAAUCGCCGCAAUCUACCCGAACAGGAAGAAGGAGGAGCGCGAGAAGGCCCGCUUGCAAAUGGUCGAGAACUACCACGAAAUCAAGGACAAGGAGCACCACCGCAUCCUCCAGCGCCAGAAGAUCAUCGAGGACCGCAAGGAAUUCAUCGAAAAGUUGAACAUUGCCCGCGAGGAAGAGGAACUUCGUCGCCAGGAGGAGCUCUCGCGCCAGCACAAACUCGCCGAGCAAAAGCGCAUCGAACAAGAAAUCGAGGAGCGUGAGCGCAAGCGUCGCACCAACGAAAUCCAGGCCAUCAAGGAAAAGAGUUUGAAGGAGAAGAUGCAACAAAUGUCGCAGACCGCGCACGGCAAAAAGAUGCUUUCGAAAUUGGACGAGGAAGGCUUGAAGAAGCUCGACGCCGAGCAGAUCGCUGCCCGCGAAACCGAAGAACUGCUCAAGGAGCGCAAGGAACUCCAGAUGAAGUUGAAGUCGCAAGAGAAGAAAAUCGACUACUUCGAGCGAGCCAAGCGCAUGGAGGAAAUCCCGCUCAUCGAGAAGUUCUUAGCCGACAAACGCGUCCAGGACAUGGAGUUCUGGGAGCGCCAAGAAGCAACGCGUAUCGAGAAUGCGAUUGCCGAACGCAAGAAUGCCGUGGCCCAGCAAGAGCGCCUGAAGCGCAUGCACCCCGACCGGGAUGCUUUCAUGGAGAAAUUGCGUGCCGAGCGCCAGUCACUCUAUGUCGAGAAAUUGAAGGAGUUCAACGCGUUCUUGGAAGAGGAGCGCAAGGCUCGCUUGGCCAAGCGAAUUAUAGAGCGACGCGAGGCUCGUCGCCAGGCUUGGAUCAAGGAGAAGGAAGAGGAGAAACGUCGCCGCGAAGAGGAAAUCCGCAAGGCGCAGGAGGAGAAGGAACGCCAAGAAGCCGAGCGUCGCCGCAAGGAGCGCGAAGCAGAGGAAGAAAAGCGACGUGUCAUGUUCGAGAAACAACGCCAAAAGGAGGAGGAAACCGAGCGUCGUAUUCAAGAAGAGCGUGAGCAACUGGCCCGCAAAGAAAAGGAGCGUGAACGCGACACCCGUGACACGCGUGAUGCAUGGCGCGGUGGACAGGAUCGCGGCGAGCGCGAGGAUGGAUGGCGCAAGGGACCGCCACGUCCAACAGCUGCUGCUGCUGCUGGUGGCGAGUCAGGUGCUCCUGAAUCAUCGUGGCGCACACAUCGCGACACUCAAGGCGGCGGAAGAGGCCCCGCUCCAGGACAAGGCGGUGGCGAGAAGUGGCGUCGCACUGGCGAUGAUCGUCCAAUCCGCCGUGAUGACCGACCGCCGCGUGACGAUUUCAGACGUGGUGGUGACGACCGCGACCGUGAUGGUGGACGUGACAGACGUGAUGAUCGCGACAAGGACCGUCGCGAUGAUAGAUACGGACCUCCGAGACGUGAUGGGCCACGGGAUGGACCGCGAGGUGAGAAUCGUGGCGGUGACAAUUGGCGAGCAAGACCUGCACCACGGGAUGAUGAUCGAGAUGGCCGCGAUGGACGACGACCACCGCAAGGCGGUGACAGAGAUCGUGAUCGUGACCGACCAUCCGCUCGCGGACCGCCCACCAAGGACGGAAGCUGGCGAAGCGAGAGGCAGAUAAACCGCGACGAUGACCGUAAGGAACGACCUCCACCACGACAGGAACGAGACAACCGCGAUCGAGACGACGGCGAGUGGACGAACGUGAAGCGUCGCUAGACCCUUCUUUGCGCCAUCACCUAACCAGCUUCUGCUAAAUCCACAUCUAAUCCAUAUUUUAGCUAUUAUUGUACGUAUCAUUAGAGGAAUCGCCUAUCGGCGGCCGCAAUUCGCGCUCCCGAACCAAUCAGGCAGCGAUUUGAUUUUCGAUUAUUUUUUUUACCUUUUUUUUUAUUUCGAUUUUGUGUUGAGGAAAAAUAUUAUGUUUUUGUGCCUCUACUAUCAUUAAUGAUGAAAUAUAACAAGCAACGUAAAAUCCACGAAAAAAAAACUAAUAAAAUUGUGACGCGAACACCGAUCCACACCUCACUUUGAAGCCUGUGAGGAGUGAAUGCUGGUGGAACGUUGGUCGGGUCGCGACGUUGAAAAAAUCCCACAAAAAAAUUGAUAAAGCGCUGUCUGGCUGGCGGGGUAACCCCCGGCCAGAUGGGCUUGGUGUAAUCCGAGUUGAUAGGAAAAUAUAAAACUUUUGAAAAAAAACGA